AUGGGCACUUUUGUCAAUUCAUUUGACCACUGGAUUGGGGCAUUCACAACAGACCCUGACAUUUGCCAGCACCUUUUCAAAAUACGUGUGCCUGUCUGGAUGGUCUGGAAACCUGAUUGUGUACCCCCAGACAUGCAAGUGUUGAAGAUGAUUGAGAUUACAUGCCCUCAUGACAUAGUCAUGGAUCCUGAGGUUUUUGAGGUUGGGCAGAUGCUGGAAUGGCACAGUGCCUGGUACCACCCUGGUGAAUCGCACCACAGGCACACUUGA